GUGCAACAUAAGGUCUAUGACGUAGUGCUUUAAUAUCCACCACUUCAAACUGUAUUGACGCCUGCCACGCGUAGACACCACCGGAAACGCGUUCCAUGUAUCGCAAUGGCUGACUUUGCGGCAAGGCGACAACAAAACAUUAAGCAGAAUGAGAUACUUCUCAGCGAACUUAGGAAUCCCAUACCCAAUGUCGACCCUCAAUCUAAGUCUGCAAGCAAAAGCGUUAAACGCAAGGCUAUUUCACCACGCGCGCCUACCAGACAGUCUAGGCGCAUAGCGGAAGCCAGCACGAAGCCGAGUUAUGAUGAAGAUCAAGAUGAUGCAUCUGUAUCACAGUCGUCCACUAGAACCACCAAAAAGCGUCGGAUGGAGAACAACGACAAGGUUGCGCAGCCAACGACUUCAGAUUCUUUAAACACUCAAAAACCCAAGGACGUCAAAUCUAUCACAGAAGGGUGGAUAAGUUGGAAGCCAGAAGCUGAUGAGCCGACGCGUGAUACAUCUGGAGCAUUUCACUUCGAGUCUCAUCCUGAUUUCCGGCCCAACAAAUCUCCAGAGGAGAUCAUCCGAGAAGGCAGCUUUGGCGGCUCUUACUGGCGACCUUUAUUCUCAAAGCAUCUGGGAAUCACUAUUCAAGAUGACUGGAGAGAACUGCCAUCAUCAUGGACCGUGGGAUUGAGCGUGGAUGAGUAUCUCGUCAGCGACACGUACAACCCCGAGAUAAACAAAUACGGUGUCGCAUGCGGGCAGAGCAUUGAGGAAUGGGAAGCCGCUGGCUGGAUCGCACAUGAGUACGAUGUUCGGGGCUGGUUUCAGUGGUAUUGUCGCUUUUGGAUGGGUCGUCGAUGUUCAGAUGACGAGCGCCAGAUCAGUCGUUGGAAGAAGUGCGUUGGCGAGACGGGUCGUUGGCGCCGGAUAUUGCUCAAGAAAUACGUGACUUUGGGGAUACGGACGGUAUUCGCGGAUGACGGUAGGGACGAAGAUGAGGUUGAAGUGAGCCCUGUUGUGCAUCAGACGUGUCAUCACUGGGCAUAUGAAGUUCGACAAGACGCUUUGGAGAGAUUUUGGGCUGAUGGGAAAUGACAUAGUUACUCGAUCACGGAGAGGGUUGAGAGAUCAUAAUCAUUUAUCAUUUCUGAUAUCAAAGCACCUGAGUGCAACUAGGUAUAGUACGUGACAUAAAUCGUAAGUCAUAACGUUCCUCAUUUCUCCAUAGCAUCCCAAUCCAUUUUGCG